GAAGCGUUUCCACUGUUGACAGCCUAGCGCCCGGUUCCGGGCACUGCAGCCUAACUGAAAAGGACUGGCUCUUGAUGAAUGGCAUAGAUUCUAGACAGCUUCGAAGGAAUGCGAAGGAAACUGGGAUUUUGGGGGGUGAUUCAGGACUAGCAAGACCAUUUCUCGGAAGUUCACAGCGAGUAGGGAAUCACAGACUGCCCGAGUCCUCCAGAGUGAGCGAGAGCGGCAUCUCUAUGAUCAAGGAGCCAUAGAGCGGGCCUCUCUUUCCCUCCUGCGCAUGAGCAGUAGCUGUAGAGCCGGAAAGAUGGCGGAGGAAGGAGAAAGAAAAAAGAUCCCUUUGGUUCCAGAAAAUCUCCUGAAAAAGAGGAAGGCUUAUCAGGCCCUCAAAGCCACCCAGGCAAAGCAGGCACUUUUGGCAAGGAGGGAGGGAAAAUCGAAACAGUUCAGGUUUAAUCGAUUGGAGUCAUUCCUGCAUGAUUCCUGGCGGCAGAAGCGGGACAUGGUGCGAGUCCGGCGACUAGAGGUGAAGCCUCGUGCACUGGAAGCACCCGAUAAACACUCCCUGGCCUUCGUCAUGCGCAUUGAAAGGAUAGAAGGAGUGAGUUCUCUGGUACAGAACACCAUAGCAAAACUUCGCCUGAAGAAAUUGUUCAGUGGUGUCUUCAUCAAUGUCACCCCUCAGACUGUAAGAAUGCUGCGUACAGUGGAGCCUUAUGUGACCUGGGGAUUUCCAAAUCUGAAAUCUGUCCGGGAACUCAUCUUGAAACGUGGACAAGCGAAGAUUAAUAAUAAGACUGUCCCUCUGACCGACAACACCGUGAUUGAGGAGCACCUGGGGAGAUUUGGUGUCAUUUGCCUGGAAGACCUCAUCCAUGAAAUUGCCUUCCUGGGGAAGCAUUUCCGGGCGAUCUCUUCAUUCUUGUGCCCAUUCCACCUCUCUGUGGCCCGUCACGCUACCAAGAACAGAGUGGGGUUCCUCAAGGAGAUGGGCUCUCCUGGCUAUCGGGGUGAACGCAUCAAUCAGCUCAUCCGCCAGCUGAACUAAACUGGG